AUUGUGAUAGCGUGUUGGCAGUCUUCUGUUUGUCUUCUUGAUCAUAGUAAUAUAAUGAAGUUGUAUUUUAAACAUCUGUGUUUGUAAUUAAAUGUUAAGUGAUAAUAUAACAUUCACAAUACUCUCUUAUUUAUAAUAUGGCGCAAUAACUUUUCAACUGUUAGCCGUUUAUGAUUGCCAUUACUAGAUCUUGAUCUAGUUUUACUAGUCGAAAUUUCAAUUUGCUAAACCAAACCCAGCUUGGCCGAACUGGAUUGAAAAUUAAAUCAACCAUCUUGAAUGUGUCUUCUUCAUGCGUGCUAUCAACCAAGAUUUACUGAUUCUGAUUGUGUCUUCUUCAUGCAUGCUAUCAACCAAGAUUUACUGAUUCUGAUUGUGUCUUCUUCAUGCAUGCUAUCAACCAAGAUUUACUGAUUCUGAUACUCUGGACACUCUUUGGGUUGUCAACAACAUACACACAAGCAGUGCGUCCAUUAACAUGUGAACAGAUUAAUUGUCAAAAUAAAAAUGCAUGUCAAGUGAAGCUCAUCAAUGGUACCCAAGUGUCCAAUGCCACAUGUAAGUGUCAAGGUCAGUGGACAGGUUACGAAUGUGAAUUGAAACUGCACCUGUCCCUAUUGCAAUUAACGCAGGACUUAGUGACAUUCCAUGUUGAAGCAAAACAUUGGCUUUCUGCCGAGAAACCAAAAUGGGAUGAAAACAGUCAUGUCCAGUUCCUCAGCAUCACGGACUUAGCAAUAUCAAUACAAAGUGGAAACACUUCGGAUCAAUGUUUAGUCUUACAUCAGCGUCACCUAGACAACACCAUCCAACUGUACGGUUUAAAGAAGAAUGAACAUUAUUUUGUGUGUAUAUCAAGUAGUCCAUUAGAUUCCUGCACUGUGCUGGGUCAAGGGCAUGAACUAAGUAACUGUGUCUAUUUUGAAUACAUACCAAACGAUGCGAACGAGUCCAAUGUUGCUUCUAUAAUUGUAUGUACGGUGAUGGCUGCUUUUAUUUUUGCAAGUAUUGUUUAUAUUGUCACAAAUAAAUGUAAUAUGCUUUGUUACUAUUUAUUUCAUCCAAUGUGUCACAACUGCAGGAAGAAUAAGAAACUUUCGGUGAAUAAAUUGAUUGACAGUCCAGGAGAAGAAAUAUUAAUGCCGCCUGACUUUUCCCUAGAACUGCUUUCCCAUCAGUGGUUCGUAGAUCAAGAAGAUAACUCAGAUUUUAUUAGAUCAGAAACAAUGCAAAGUACUCAAACACUGGACUCAACAAUUUCGUUUAGUCACUCAACUUGUCAGGAUCAAAUCAGUGGUGUUUCUUCCAUUAGUUUUGACAAAACCUAUUCUAAAGAAACUAGUUCAGCAGAAAAUCUGAAAAAAAGACAUCACUAUGGAGAACAAGAAAUGCAACAUUUAAAACAUUUAAUAAAAAAUCAAUUUUCCUCAGAUAAUUGGCUGACAGUUCCUCUAAACAAUUCACAUCAAUUCACCUCUUGGCAGGACUGUUUACUUGCUCACAGUCAAGAAUCUGAAUUGUCUCCCGCCUAUUUGUCCCAAACUUUACCUCGAACUACAAAACUAUUAAAAAGACCUUCAACAUUAACAUUGCCUUUAAAUACAUUUCUUCAAGAAGAUGGUUAUGGUUCAAACAUUAUAUCACCUCAUGGUCCUAUCACAAAAAUGAUGUCACCUUUUAAACUUGACAAUCGUCUAGAUUAUUUUGAUCACAAUUCUAAGAUGGUUCGACGUUUCAAAAGAAAUCAACGUAGCAGUGACGAUGAUGAAUUUGAAAAUCUCCAGUCUCCGUUAGCACUGGAUCGCAUCAAGGCAUCCAAGCAGAAAUCACUAUCCAGUAGGAGUUGUUCAGCAAGCUGUAGAUCAUGGCCUAAGUUAAGUUCCUUUUCAAUAUUCGUUGAUCAUCCUUCAGACUAUUGGAUCCCACCAUUCUCACAUUUGAACUUGAAUCACGAGGAAGAUGUCACAUCAUUAACAUCUGCAGAUUUGUGCUCAGAUUUGAAUUCUGGAAGUCUGAGCUCUAAAGAUUCUAUAUUGUCUUAUGAAGGGGACAGUAGUAACCUUGUUACACCAUUUCAAGUUGAAUCUGAUUCUGAUGAUACUUAUACAGAUAUAGAAUCUAUGAACUGUUCGGUAGAAACGCUUAAUGCAUCAUCCUUUAUUAAUUCAAUUGUUUAGACCGUGUGUGGUAUUUAUACAUUUCAGAAGCGAAUUCGAUUUACUUUAGAGUAAACAUGUGUUUUUAAGAUGUACAAUAUGUAUUGAAAGUUUAGUGUUUGUUAUUUGUAAUCAGACUACAUUAAUUAACCUUACAUUUGUUAAUGUUUGUGCCCAUUUAAAUUCUUUAAGUAUUUUUUAGAUCUUGAUUUCAAAUAUUAUAAGUGAAAAUAAAGACAAAUUUAUAUCUGACCGUUAUGUAGGCUACGUAACUCUUUUUCAAGCUGUUAGGGAAUUCGCCAUGAAUCUUAGAAAGUCGCUCUUCUGUCAUAGAAAAGUUUAGAAAUCCCAUAUUGCUGAUUUUAAAUAGAAUGGGCUAUUAAUCACAUAACUAUAUAUUUACGCAACUCUUUGAUUGAAAGCUAUUUCCUGUUAGUUACCAUAGAGACAGUGGCGUCACUAGGUGUUGGGUGGGGUGGGGUCCUCACCUUUAGGGGAGUGACACCAAUGUGAAAAAAAAAUAAAAAUUGAAAUAACUAACAUUUAGAAAAAGCAAAUUGUUAGUGACUAAAUAUUGGAACGUGUUAUUCACAAUUAAUAUGUAUAUAAUAUAUGUACAUUUCAUUUUAAAUUUUGGCUAAACACAUUUUAAUUUUUUUAAUGAAAUUCGAACAAAAUUUCCAUAACAAUACAUCAUACUUUAUAUCACAGACAAAACUUGAAAGCUUACUAUCAGUUGUAAACAAGCUGAAUGAACAUUGUUUUAUUUUACCGCUCAACCAAAUCUGUAUAACAUUUACUUCAUUUAUGUGGUCAACAUGCUUGACUAAUAUUUUGUACAAAUUUGAAGGUUAAAAUUUUAUUAAAUGAUUAAAUCAGUGGAC